AUGUGUGCUGCUCCGGUGGCGGCGGCAGCCGCGCGCACCGUGCAUGCCUUCUCUGCACGCCCGCUGACCGGCGGGGAGCCCCUGAGCCUGGGCUCGCUGCAGGGCAAAGUCCUGCUCAUCGAGAACGUGGCGUCGCUCUGAGGCACCACGGUCCGGGACUACACCCAGAUGAACGAUCUGCAGCGGCGCCUCGGCCCUCGAGGGCUGGUCGUGCUCGGUUUCCCAUGCAACCAGUUUGGGCAUCAGGAGAACGCCAAAAACGAAGAGAUCCUGAAUUCCCUGAAGCAUGUCCGACCAGGCGGCGGGUUCGAGCCCAACUUCACACUUUUUGAGAAGUGCGACGUUAAUGGUGCUCAGGCACAUCCCCUCUUCGCUUUUCUGCGGGAAGCCCUGCCCACGCCCAGCGACGAUGCCACUGCACUCAUGACCGACCCCAAGUUGAUCACGUGGUCUCCGGUGUGCCGCAACGACAUUGCCUGGAACUUCGAGAAGUUCCUGGUGGGGCCCGACGGUGUGCCUGUGCGCAGGUACAGCCGCCGCUUCCCAACCAUCGACAUCGAGGCUGACAUCAUGGCCCUGCUGUCCAGGGGGCCCAGCAGUGCCUAA